CCACCGCGCCCGGGGCGCGGAGAGAGGUCCCCAGCAGCGCUCGGGAGCCGUCGGAGCGCAGAGCUGCAGCAGUCGCGCCGGGCAGCCUCAGAGUCCCCACCUGCGGGGUCUGGGCAGCAGCAGAAGCGGUAGGAGCAGCGUUGGCACCGGCGAACCAUGGAUGGGAUUUUCUAUUUCGUCCUCUUUUCGUUUCUUUUUGGGAUUUGCGACGCUGUCACCGGUUCCAGGGUGUACCCCGCGAAUGAAGUUACCCUAUUGGAUUCCAGAUCUGUUCAGGGAGAACUUGGGUGGAUAGCAAGCCCUCUGGAAGGAGGGUGGGAGGAAGUGAGUAUAAUGGAUGAGAAAAACACACCAAUCCGAACCUACCAAGUGUGCAACGUGAUGGAACCCAGCCAAAACAACUGGCUGCGAACUGACUGGAUCCCCCGAGAGGGGGCCCAGAGGGUGUACAUUGAGAUCAAGUUCACCUUGAGAGACUGCAACAGUCUUCCGGGUGUCAUGGGGACUUGCAAGGAGACGUUCAAUCUCUACUACUACGAAUCAGACAAUGACAAAGAGCGUUUCAUCCGAGAGAGCCAGUUUGCCAAGAUCGACACCAUUGCGGCCGACGAGAGCUUCACCCAAGUGGACAUUGGUGACAGAAUCAUGAAGCUGAACACCGAGAUCCGGGAUGUAGGGCCACUGAGCAAAAAGGGGUUUUACCUGGCCUUUCAGGAUGUGGGGGCCUGUAUCGCCCUGGUCUCAGUGCGUGUGUUCUACAAGAAAUGUCCGCUCACUGUUCGCAAUCUGGCCCAGUUUCCAGACACCAUCACAGGGGCUGAUACGUCUUCCCUGGUGGAAGUUCGAGGCUCCUGUGUCAACAACUCAGAAGAGAAGGAUGUGCCAAAAAUGUACUGUGGGGCAGAUGGUGAAUGGCUGGUACCCAUUGGCAACUGCCUGUGCAAUGCUGGGCAUGAAGAGAGGAAUGGAGAAUGCCAAGCCUGCAAAAUCGGAUAUUACAAGGCCCUCUCCACGGAUGCUACCUGUGCCAAGUGCCCACCCCACAGCUACUCAGUCUGGGAAGGAGCCACGUCGUGCACCUGCGACCGAGGCUUUUUCAGAGCCGACAAUGAUGCAGCCUCUAUGCCCUGCACGCGCCCACCAUCUGCUCCCCUCAACUUGAUCUCGAAUGUCAACGAGACGUCGGUGAACUUGGAAUGGAGCAGUCCUCAGAACACAGGUGGCCGCCAGGAUAUCUCCUACAAUGUGGUGUGCAAGAAAUGCGGAGCUGGCGAUUUCAGCAAGUGCCGACCCUGUGGAAGUGGGGUCCACUAUACCCCACAGCAGAAUGGCCUGAAAACCACCAAAGUUUCCAUCACUGACCUCCUGGCUCACACCAAUUAUACAUUUGAAAUCUGGGCGGUGAAUGGAGUGUCCAAGUAUAAUCCCAGCCCAGACCAGUCAGUAUCUGUCACCGUAACAACCAACCAAGCAGCACCUUCAUCCAUUGCUUUGGUCCAGGCGAAAGAAGUUACAAGAUACAGUGUUGCUCUGGCUUGGCUGGAACCAGAUAGGCCCAAUGGGGUGAUCUUGGAGUAUGAAGUCAAGUAUUAUGAGAAGGAUCAGAAUGAGCGGAGCUACCGCAUCGUCCGGACAGCUGCCAGGAACACAGACAUCAAAGGCCUGAAUCCUCUGACUUCCUAUGUGUUCCAUGUCCGAGCCAGGACAGCAGCUGGUUAUGGUGACUUCAGUGAGCCCCUGGAGGUCACAACCAACACAGUGCCUUCCCGGAUCAUUGGAGAUGGGGCCAACUCCACUGUCCUUCUGGUCUCGGUCUCAGGCAGUGUGGUGCUGGUGGUCAUUCUCAUUGCGGCUUUUGUCAUCAGCAGGAGACGGAGUAAAUACAGUAAAGCUAAACAAGAAGCAGAUGAAGAGAAACAUUUGAAUCAAGGUGUUAGAACUUACGUGGAUCCCUUUACAUACGAAGAUCCCAACCAAGCAGUUCGAGAAUUUGCCAAAGAAAUCGACGCAUCCUGCAUUAAGAUCGAAAAAGUCAUAGGAGUUGGUGAAUUUGGUGAAGUAUGCAGUGGGCGUCUCAAAGUGCCUGGCAAGAGAGAGAUCUGUGUCGCCAUCAAGACCCUGAAAGCUGGUUAUACAGACAAACAGAGGAGAGACUUCCUGAGUGAGGCCAGCAUCAUGGGACAGUUUGACCACCCGAACAUAAUUCACUUGGAAGGCGUUGUCACCAAAUGUAAACCAGUAAUGAUCAUAACAGAGUACAUGGAGAAUGGCUCUUUGGAUGCAUUCCUCAGGAAGAACGAUGGCAGAUUUACUGUCAUUCAGCUGGUGGGCAUGCUUCGUGGCAUCGGGUCUGGGAUGAAGUACUUAUCUGAUAUGAGCUAUGUGCACAGAGAUCUAGCUGCACGGAAUAUUCUGGUAAAUAGCAACUUGGUCUGCAAAGUGUCCGAUUUUGGCAUGUCACGAGUGCUUGAGGAUGAUCCGGAAGCCGCUUACACCACCAGGGGUGGCAAGAUUCCUAUCCGGUGGACCGCGCCAGAAGCAAUUGCCUAUCGUAAAUUCACAUCAGCGAGUGAUGUAUGGAGCUAUGGAAUCGUUAUGUGGGAAGUGAUGUCGUAUGGAGAGAGACCCUAUUGGGAUAUGUCCAAUCAAGACGUAAUUAAAGCCAUUGAAGAAGGCUACCGGCUACCCCCUCCCAUGGACUGCCCCAUUGCACUCCAUCAGCUGAUGCUAGACUGCUGGCAGAAGGAGCGGAGUGACAGGCCGAAAUUCGGGCAGAUUGUCAACAUGUUGGACAAACUCAUCCGCAACCCCAACAGCUUGAAGAGGACGGGGACUGAGAGCUCCAGACCUAACACUGCCUUGUUGGAUCCAAGCUCCCCUGAAUUCUCUGCCGUGGUGUCAGUGGGCGAUUGGCUCCAAGCCAUUAAAAUGGACCGGUAUAAGGAUAACUUCACGGCUGCUGGUUAUACCACACUAGAGGCUGUAGUGCACAUGAACCAGGAGGACCUGGCAAGAAUUGGCAUCACAGCCGUCACACAGCAGAAUAAGAUUUUGAGCAGUGUCCAGGCGAUGAGAGCCCAAAUGCAGCAGACCCAUGGCAGAAUGGUUCCUGUCUGAGCCAGUACUGAAUAAACUCGAAAUUCUUGAGAUUAGUUUACCUCAUCCAUGCACUUUAAUUGAAGAACUGCACUUUUUUUACUUCGUCUUCGCCCUCGGAAAUUAAGGGGAAAAAA